AUGAAGAAUCUGAAUAUAGGCCAAGGAUUCUUGGGUGUUAUUAUACUGAUGGGCAAACAACAGAAUAGAAACCUUUCCUUGGCUCUGCUCCUUCUGCUCUUCAUCGUCCAUAAAGUUAGGACGGGUGCCAUCAAAGCACCUCUGAGUAUAAUAACGCUGGAAGAUAUAUCAGAAGAGGAACGGAGACACUUGGAUGCCGUCCAUGUCCAGUACGAGAGGUCCAAAAGGUCAGGGUCCUCAUCUCCGGACUUGUUAGGCUCAUUGAAAACCCUCCUGGCUCAGGGAGCCAAGGCUAAGCUGAGGCUGAUUGGAAGGGCGUCCGCUGCAGCUUCUUCGUCUUUGGCCAGCUCUAGCUCCAGCUCGAGCAGUGGAAAAAGCUACCCUAGCCCUAGCCAUGGGUACAGUUACCACCCUUAUCCAGUGCAGGAGAAACCAGACCCUUUUUGGAUGAAGAAAGCAGUCUUGAACACCCUUCUCCAGGCUGUUAAGGCCAUCAAAGGCGGCGUGUUGGCUCUGAAAGGUCAACUCAUAAAGGGUGGUGGAUACCUCUUGGUCGGAGGUGGUAAACUGGUGAAGGCCAAGGGUGAAGUGAUCACAAAUCUUGGCAAAAAAAUCGCUAAAUCAGCCUUUAGAGAUAUGCAUUCUUCAGAGGUGCACGAAGAUGGUUCUUAUGGUCAUUAUCAUCCCUCGGAGAUUGAAUACGAGCAUCCUGGACCUGAACCAUCUUUCCCUGAUCAUUUCCAUCACGCAGAUUAUCAUGGGUCAUUUCCAGACAAAGCACCAGGAGUGCAAUCAGGAAUACUCAUACUAAAGAAAAUACCGUCCGGCAAAAAUUCCCACACUUCCCACUACGGAGCAGAAUCAACGAUCAAUGAGCACAAAGUAGUGGAACCAAGUUUUGGAACGAUUGUGGGCAAACUACUCUCGGCAGCUUCCUCGUCAAACCCAGACUCGCCGGUCCCGUUCACAGACUACAGACAAACGCACCCACAACCCGACCAUUACGCUGGCGAUGAACAUGGACCCUCCGAAGACGCUUCCGAAGACCAACACGAUCAGGGUAACUUUGAUACUGAUUUCGAGCUAGAGCCAGCUUUCGAUUCUCCUGAGGCCAAUAAGGUAAUUCAACCUGAGAGCUCAGGAGAAGUUGCCCUUGGUCCCCACAACGUUAAGAUCUCCGAAGAUACCCACGGGGACGCUUCCCAUAGUCCAGCCCCUCCUUCGGCGCAACUGAACCUUCCCAUCGCCCCGGCCAGUAACUUCAACGGUGGUCCCCAAGGGUCUAACUAUGGCACUUUCGUGAACUUAGCUCAAGAUUUCGGUCAGUUGAACUUACCCACCAAUUCGGAUAAUUUCCAGAACCACUUCGCUGGUAUACAAGACCAACAGAAUUUCCAAAAUAAUGCUCUAAAUCCUCAGCAAAACGUCCAUCUGGUCGGGGGUAACUUCGCUGAACCACCUGAAAACUAUGCACAAGAUCAGAACAUCCCUAAUAAUGUACAUAAUUCCGUUCAACAGUCGAAUAGUCCGAACAUUUUCGAUCAUAACUUUGCUGAGCCACCACCAAAUUUGCUUCAGUACAACCUCGAACCACCACAGGGAAGCAUUCAAGGGGUAUCGUUGUCGGCAAAGUUUGGUUCUUUCGAACAGCUCCCUUCUAGGUUGGACAAAAACGAUUUCUCGUCAAAUUCCAACUUUUUGGGGCCUUACAACCCUGAUUUCUUGAGAGCCCAGAGCCAUAAACCCCGCAGGCCUCCUCCUAAGAGAAGUUAUGAUAAAUACAGAGGAAACCUAAAAAAUCUCCCAAAAAUCAACCAGAACUUAGUUGAUCCAUCUUCAAAUCUAGAUCUUCCAAGAUUUCUCCCCAACCAUAAUAACUCCCCCAAAAUCAACACAAAUCACUCGAAUUUUCCUCCAUUUCCAAAUAAACAACCAAGGCCUCCAACAAGGUCACAUUCACAGUACCCUUCCUCAACUAAACACCGACAGGUCUCUAGUCAACAGUUCACUAAACAGUCCCCGUUCACAAGAAGCCAAACUCAACCAAGACCGCCAAAUUUUGACAUUGUACAAUCGGUUACCUACCAACUAGGACCAAAUGGACCUACCAAGAUCUUGACUGACUGA